CGGGCUAUAUCAGUAAGCCGGAUCUCAGUGUCGCUAAAUAAGUCUAGUCCACUUGGAGUCACAACAAUCUGUCAUUCACUGGGAUUUUCAAAGGAGGCAGGAUCAACAAGCGCACUUGAAUAUGUUUGUCGUCGCGUACGAGCUCAGUCGCAAUGCGCUUAUUUAUAUGCCACUCUUUCUGUUGCUUGCAUGGCGGAUUUGGGCUUUCACAAUCCGCCCGCGACUCUACCCUCACCGGCUGCAGUAUUUGCCAUACUGGAUUCCAUACCUAGGUCAUGUCAUCCCUUUCUUCCGCAAUUCCAAUCGCCUGUAUUUCCAGGCCAAGAAGUUCAGUCCCCAGCACUGCACCUUGCGUAUUGCUGGACAGGAUAUCGUUCUGGCAACAACAGCAGCUCAGAUCUCGACAAUCGACAAGGAACGCCGUAUUUUUAGUUUCGAGGACUUUAUGAAUCUCGUGUAUGACGACAUGGCCAAGGUCUCUCCGAAGAAUAAGCCACUACUUUGGAGAACCCCUGCCCAAGGCUAUGUCUCCAUUUUCCCUAAUCCUAAGCAGCUGACUUGUGCGCAUACCGGCGUCGAGCUUCUGCACAAGCAGUUCCACCGGCCGGACAUGCUGCGACAAUUUUUGGACAGUUCAUUGGCUGGGUUCAGCCAGGCUCUACAAUGGAACACCCUCUACACGACCAGUGUGCUUGGGUCGAGUCCAGAGCACAAGGUCGUUUCACUCCGUUCUCUCUGCAGGGACGCGAUUGUGGAUGCUCAGGUGGACUCCUUCUUUGGAACCCGGCUGUUGGAGCUUGAGCCAAAUCUGCGCGUCAUUCUCAGUGACUGGGAUACCCAGAGUUGGAGGGUGAUAUAUCAGCUUCCAUCUGCUCUAGCAAAGCCUGCCACACAACCCCGCGACCGAUUGGUCGAUGUCCUCGCGCAGUACUACUCCCUCCCCGCAAUAAAUCGACCUGGAUCUGUCGCAUUUGUGAACGAGUUGUACGACGACUACAAGCAAGCUGGGCUCUCGACUCGGGAUAUAGCUGGAAUUGUAUUUACCAUCCUGUCGGGACUUAGCAUUAAUCCUACCAUGCUUGCCUUCUGGAUGCUCGCUCAUCUGCUCAACAACCCUACCGUCAUCGAUCAGAUCCGGGAGGAGAUCGCACCGGCCAUGCGCGCUGGGGUUUCCAAUCCCGAGCUUAACGGCGCCUCAUUGUACGAACUCACCAAGCAUUGGCUCUCAAGCCAAUGCUCGCUUCUAAACUCCGUGUUCUACGAGACGCUGCGUUAUACGAGCACGGGCAGUAGCAUCCGCAAGACCACCCAGGCUACAACGCUCGAUGGCUACGGUAUCCCCAAAGGCACCAUCAUCGCGAUUCCCCAACGACUACACAUGAUGAGUGAAGAGGCCUUCGGCCUAAAUCCUUCUACCUUUGACUACUAUCGGUUCCAGCGGGACAAGUCGUUGACCCACAAGACGGAGUUCCGCGGGUUCGGAGGCGGCACGACCCUCUGCAGCGGCCGGACUGCGGGCCGGCACAUGGUGCUCGCGUUCGUGGCGUUCGUGCUAUGGAGGUAUGAUAUUGAAGCCUUGGGACCAAGUCAAAAGGUGCUCGGGAUUCGAGGAAAGCCGUUCCCUCAAUUGGAUGAAGCGACACCAAGCCUUGGACCCGGCCGGCCACUCGACGGCGGUGAUUUGAUCCUGAAGCUUACACAGCGAAAGGUAUAGAAGCUAGAACUCUCGUCAUUUUGCGAAACGACA